GUCAUCAGAUUCCUGCUGCUUCUCUGCACUUCAAAAUGGCCAGCGAGAGAAAUUACAGCCUGCUGCCGCACACACGCACUGAACCCCCAUUCCACAUAAUGUUACUGCGACGCCACCACUGCUAAAAGACGAGCUGAAACAAGCCCGGGCUGCUCCUGUGUUCAAGAAAGCAUCGCUGUAUAAAAGCACGUUUGUGCCGUACGAGACUCUGAACAAGCGUUUUAGGGCGGCUCAGAAGAACAUUGACCGGGAGACCAGUCACGUGACAAUGGUUGUUGCAGAGCUGGAGAAGACGCUGAGCAGCUUCCCAGUGGUCGACUCGGUGGUGUCACUGCUGGAUGGUGUGGUGGAGAAACUCAGUGCCCUGAAGAGGAAGGCUGCAGAGUCCAUCCAAGCAGAAGAUGAGAGUGCCAAGCUGUGCAAGCGUCGUAUCGAGCAUUUGAAGGAGCACAGCAGCGACCAGCCAGCCUCAGUCAACCUGUGGAAGAAGAAACGCAUGGAUCGAAUGAUGGUGGAGCAUUUGCUGCGCUGCGGCUACUACAACACAGCUGUUAAACUGGCCAGACAGAGCGGUAUAGAGGAUCUGGUCAACAUUGAGAUGUUCCUCACAGCUAAGGAGGUGGAGGAGUCUCUGGAGAGGCAGGAGACAGCCACUUGCCUAGCCUGGUGCCAUGACAAUAAGUCCCGCCUCCGCAAGAUGAAGAGUUGUCUUGAGUUCAGUCUGAGAAUCCAGGAGUUCAUUGAGCUCAUUAGACAAAACAAACGCAUGGAUGCAGUCAGACAUGCGAGGAAGCAUUUUAGCCAAGCGGAGGGUGGACAGUUGGACGAGGUUCGGCAGGUGAUGGGCAUGCUGGCCUUCCCAUCAGAUACACAUAUCUCCCCGUACAAGGAUCUUUUGGAUCCAGCCCGCUGGAAGAUGCUGAUCCAGCAGUUCCGAUAUGACAACUACAGACUGCACCAGCUGGGAAACAACUCUGUGUUCACUAUCACCCUACAGGCCGGUCUGUCUGCCAUCAAGACACCUCAGUGCUACAAGGAGGAUGGUACCUCUAAGAACCCAGACUGCCCAGUGUGCAGUAAAUCCCUUAACAAGUUGGCCCAGCCGCUGCCCAUGGCCCACUGCGCCAACUCCAGACUAGUCUGUAAGAUCUCUGGGGAGGUCAUGAAUGAAAACAACCCUCCAAUGAUGCUGCCCAAUGGAUAUGUCUAUGGCUACAAUUCCCUUCUGUCCAUCCGCCAAGAUGACAAAGUGGUGUGUCCCAGAACCAAAGAAGUCUUCAACUUCUCUCAGGCUGAGAAGGUCUAUAUCAUGUGAUCACUCAGAUAACCCAUCUGAGUAUCAACGUGAUCAAAUCUGGCCCGUCGUUCAUUACGUGUGACCCAGCCUACUCAGAGCCACCUGUGGAGCUGUGAUCCAGUGGCCUUCUUCCCACCCACAGACACACCCGAGAUUUAACACAAUCCAAUACAUGAUCAGCUCAAGUUCACCAGUUUCCUUCCCCUCUCCCAUUUUAUCACACAGAAACUGGGAUCCUCUUCUUUCAGACUACUUUUUUGAUGUGACUAGAGAACAAGAAGUUGAUUGAUCUGAUCCAUUCAAGCACAUGGACUCUCAACAUUGUCAUUUUUUUAAAAGGCCCUCGCUUCAGUUUAGGACUGAGGGAGUGAAAAACUGCUAGUUAGAUAUUUGUUUUAUUACAACAAAUAAAAACUUGUUGAGGUUACUUUGACUUUUCACUAGUGGUGUUCCUUUGUUACUUUGUUAUUGCAGGACUGUGGUAACUCUCUCUAUUAACUGAAUUAACUCAAGAUUUGGGCCUUUUUCAAAACAAACAAAAAAAUGGCUGGCCUCCUAUGUGGUAGCAUCUCAUUCUGUGAUGCAUGCUGUUGACAUCCUUUGUCGUCUAGCAAAGUUUUUCCGCGGGGGGGGGGGGAUAUAUGUCAAAUGCCUCCUUUUUAAACUGCCUACCUUUUUGAAUUUCAUCCCCCCAUUGCUUGUGAAACCGGAGCCUAAUUUGGGCCACAGCAGGCUCCUUUUCAAGUGUAAAUAUUAGAUAGGAAUUGUUCAUCCUCAUGUAAAAAUUCAGUGGUUUUGGGGACAAGCAAUGACAACAAAGACUAACCUUUGACUAUGAUUGCUGUGUAAACUGAACAAGUCUCUUCUUGGGUGUUGUAAACCUGAUAUAACCCACAGUAUACUCAAGUUAACUGGUUGUUUAGUAAAACUUCUUAUUUCUGAGGAAUCCAUUUCACAAACUCGGUAAUAUUAAUUAUGGUGUAUGUUCUACCAUAAUGAAAUUUGCGCAAUAUUUAAACAAGACAACCAUCUCUGAUGUAUUUUUAUUUUAUUAAACAAAUUGUCUUCCUUUUGUGUGUGAGGUUUGCCAUUUUUAGAACUCUAGUGAACUUUGGAUAUUUGUUUUGUUUAAAUUUAAAGCUAGUUAGUUAUUUUAACAUGGCCCAAAUAGUUUAAGUUUAUAACUAUUUUUCCAACAAUGACCAAGAUAAUAAAGAGAGACUGCUGACUUUUUUCAGUCUUGUGCUCUGUGUAUGUUGAAGCUGCUUGCAGCACCAACACUACAGGGUUUCCUUAAAAGUACACCAACUGCUUCUACAUGACAUGUAGUUUUAUGCACAUACCUGCCUUUAUUUGAAAAAUGUGUUCAGAGGCAGGAAACCUUGAAUAGGCUGUUGGUCAUCCUGCUAUUUCUUGCAAACUCAAAACUUUUUUCUUCAGUUAAAACAGAUUCACAACCCUGAACACCCACACUAAGCAAUCCAAAAAUGCAGUUUCAUGUUAAACUGGAUCAGUUUUGUAGUUACAUUUGUCGUUUAUUGACAAACCAAAAGUUGCCUCAUUUGUGUCCAUAAAUGAUUUAAACUGUAUCUGUAAAGACACAGACUGUCCUGUGUAUUUGUAUUGGUAGAAAUAGAUAAAGCGAUUGUUUCAUGAGCAAUAUGCCUCAUAAAGAUCUUAGUGAACUUUGA